UUCGAGACGUGCGGCGAUGCCUCUGCAGCGCGCAGACGGAGCGACGCGGGGACACGCUACAGUGCGCGGGACCCUGCGGUCCAGGUGACGUCCUUUACGGCAAAUCCAGAUUCGUCGCAUCCUCAAGGCAAAGCAGCGAUUCCGGCACAAGCCAGAGGAUUAAACCCGGAGGUGGGUUCGCGGACGGGCCGCGCGUUGGGAAAGGCGGAAAAAUGUGCUCGCGCAGAGGACGAGGAGCCUGGAAUUAAGCACAGGAGAAAAAAGAUGCCAAAAAUGAGACCAUAAAGAAGAGCUGGUUUUGGGGCCUGUGCAGACUGGAUGUGCACGUCGACCCGGCCACGAUGACGAUGAAAGGCCUGUCCAGCAGCCGCAGUCACCACCACGCGGUGACCUGCGACCCCUCCUACGACUCCAUGACCCUGGGUCACUCGGACCGCCGGUCCUACUUCCUCAACCCGGGGGAGGCCCACCCUAGCGACCACCCCUGCUACACCCAGCGCAACUCCUUCCAGGCGGAGUGCAGCGCGUACCCUGACCUGGCCAGCUGCACCUUCCCCCGCAGACAUUACAGCUCGCACCACGAGCUGAAGGGGGAGUGCGGCGCCGUGGUGCCUUACGUCGGGCCGACGGGGUGCGGGAAGGGGGGCGGAAACAACAACAACCGCGUCCCUCCUAACCUGCUGGAGCAGUUUGAGCGGCAGGCGCCGGUGCGGCGCGAGGGCUACCACACGCUGCAGUACAAGCGCACCGCAGUGGAGCACCAGCGCAGCGACAGCCCCGGGCGGAUACGCCACCUCGUUCACUCGGUCCAGAAGCUCUUCACCAAGUCCCACUCCCUGGAGGGGCCCUCGGGGGGGGGCGGCGGCGGCGGCGGAGGGGGCGGGAGGAUGAACGGCAGCAAGUCCAGUCCCGACGACCCGCCGUCGUCCUCGGGCACCCUGAAGCACAGCAAGCGCAGCAAGAGCAAAGACCGCUCCAAGUCCGAGCCCAAGAUGCGCGGCGCCAUCUCGGGCUACUGGAGCUCAGACGACACGCUGGACCGAGAGAUGUGCCUCUACCACCACCAUCGCCACGGCGGCACCGGUGGAGGCCCGCCCACGGGGGUCAUGACCAUGGGGCGCCACCCGGAAAAGUCGCAGUCGCAGUACUUCAUGGAGUCCUACAACACCAUCAGCGCGCAUUCUCUCAAGACGUCGCGCAGCAACAACGACGUGAAGUGCUCGACGUGCUCCGGGAGCGGAGGCGGCGGCGGUGGCGUGCCGCUGGCGGGAUCCCAGGACGGACAGGUGCAGUUGAAGAAGAGCUCGUGGUCUUCUACUCUGACGGUGAGCAGAGCGAGGGAGGUCUACCAGAAGGCCUCGGUCAACCUCGAUAAAGCUCUAGUGAAGGCCGAGCAGGGACGCACCUGCCACUUCCUACAGGUGCCUCAGGAUGACUGGGGCAGCUUUUCUCCGCUGGGGAAGGAUGACGAGAUCCCGUGCCGGCGGAUGCGCAGCGGCAGCUACAUCAAGGCCAUGGCGGAAGAAGACAGCGGCGAUUCGGACUGCAGCCCCAAGCCCUCGCCCAAGGUCCAGGCCCGACGAGCCAGCUACCUGAAGGCCACACAGCCGUCCCUCACGGAGAUGACCACCCUCGAGAUUUCCACAGAGCACUCGCCCAAGCUGCAGAUCCGGAGCCACAGCUACCUGCGGGCGGUGAGUGAGGUUUCCAUCAAUAGGAGUCUGGACAGCUUGGACCCGGCGGGGCUGCUGGCCUCGCCUAAAUUCCGCUCACGAAACGAGAGCUACAUGAGAGCCAUGAGCACCAUCAGCCAGGUGAGCGAGUGGGAGGUGAACGGGCAGAUCGAGGCCGUGUGCGAGUCGGUGUUCAGCGAGAUGGAGUCGCAGGCGGUCGAUGCCCUGGACCUGCCCAUCCCCAACUGCUUCCGCGUGCGGAGCCACAGCUACGUGCGCGCCAUAGAGAAGGGCUGCUCGCAGGAAGACGAGGAGGAGGCGGCGGCGGCGGCGGGCGUCUCCAGGACCGGCUCGCCGCCGCGCGCCACCACCACCACCACCACCACCGUCCGAACGAUCCAGAGCAGCACAGUGUCAUCAUGCAUCACCACCUACAAGAAAACGCCGCCCCCGGUCCCGCCGCGGACCACCCCGUCCAAACCCUUCAUAUCCAUCACGGCGCAGAGCAGCACCGAGUCCGCUCAGGACGCCUACAUGGACGGGGGCUCCGGCCCGCGGACCGGCAUCAGCUCCCAGCCGGGCCUGUCCAACUCCACGGAGAGCAUCGACAGCAUGAAGGCCCUGACCGCCGCGAUAGAGGCGGCCAACGCUCAGGUGCACGGCCCGGCCAGCCAGCACGUGACCAACAGCACCAUCACCAUCACCGCCACCGCCGUCGCGCACGUCCCCGCCGACAGCAAGGCGCAGAGGGAGGCGCUCCGCAAGUGCCUCUCCAUCGGGAUCCAGGUGGACCCGGAGGAAGGGGGGCCGACGGAGGAGCAGUCUAAAUUCCAGUCGAUAGGAAUUCAGGUUGAGGAUGAGCGAUGUUACCGCAGGAUGACGCGCUCCAACAGCGUGACCACGGCGGUGCAGGCCGACCUCGACGACCCCGCAGACGCCCCGCGGCCGCCCCCGCGUCACUGCGCCACCAUGCCACGCCAGCUCUCUCGCGACGCUUCCUCCUCCACCGUCAGCAUCCAGGGCUCGGGGAACCACUACCACGCCUGUGCCCCCGACGACUUUGGAGAGGCGGGGUUCGACCCUUCAAUCCUGCCCCCUCCGGACCCCUGGAUGGACAGCGUGGCGGAGCCGGACUCAGGGGCCCCGGAGGCCGUCGGCCGAUCGGUGUGCCCCCGCGACGGCCGCUGGUUCCUCAAGUUGCUGCGGGCCGAGACGGAGCGGAUGGAGGGCUGGUGCCGACAGAUGGAGCAGGACGAGGUGGAGAACGAGCUGCCCGAUGAGAUCCUGGGGAAGAUCCGCAGUGCAGUGGGGAGUGCCCAGCUGCUGAUGUCCCAGAAGUUCCAGCAGUUCCGGGAGCUGUGUGAGGAGAAUCUGAACCCAAAUGCACACCCGCGGCCCGUCUCCCAGGACCUGGCCGGUUUCUGGGACAUGCUCCAGCUGUCUAUCGAGAACAUUAGCCUAAAGUUCGAUGAACUUCACCAGCUCAAAGCCAACAACUGGAAACCUCUGACUCCCCCGGAAAUCCAGGAGAGAAGGAUGCCCCCUCCCGUGCCAAAGAAGCCCCCGAAGGGCCACCACCCUCCCCUGGCGAGGGACCGCUCGCUGGAAAGCUCCGAGCGCCAGCGCCUAGAGGCUCGCAAGCGCCUGCUAGCUGCCAAACGUGCCGCGUCGGUUCGGCAGAGCUCUGCCACCGAGAGCGCAGACAGUAUCGAGAUCUACAUCCCAGAGGCUCAGACCAGACUAUGAGAGACACCGAUGUACCCCCCCACACACACACACACACACGCGCCCGACACUGUUCCAUACACACUAAAGCACUGAAUGGUAAGGCUAGGGUGCUAACAUGAGCGUGUCACAUUGUUUGCCGACUUUCCAGCAUCUCGGUGGGAUUAGUCGCAAUGGAAGAAGAACAAGAAAUGUACAUUUACAGCAUUUAUUUAUUCAUUUAUUUAUCUAUUGACCCCGCCCCCUCCUUAAUUUCCUUCUCCCAGCUUUGAUGUAGCAGCCCCUCCUCACUUACAAAGAUGUAUCUUAUCCCUUUUUCUAAGUGGCCUAAUGUUACAAAGCAAGCCAGCUAGCACAGCAAUGACGCUUCACAUUGUGUUUAAAGUGCAGAAAAUCCAAGGUAGACGGGGGAGGAGCACGCAUGUUCACGUGGAGUGUGUGUGUAUGUUGAGACAUGCACACACAUACAACUUAUGAUGUGUUUGAUCAAAUGUGUCAAAUCAAAGGGAGAGACCAGAUGAACUCAUAUUUCACAUGUAUUAUUUAUGGUUGUUUAGUUUUGAUAUGAUCAGUUUUGAUAUAUUUGAUGAGGCCAAACUUUAUAAAAGAAAAAACGAUGGCCAAAAGACCAGAGAAGACAGCGAUGUGUGUGUGUGUGUGUCGGUUAGCGGCGCAACUCGCCCGCUGUCUGAAUAUGGGUCUUUCCGGCAGUGAGAGGCCGAUCCCCGUAAUGAAGGUCAGGUUUCGCUCCUCCAGGUGAGGCAACGUGGCCAUCGAGCCAGAAGCAGAUCCUGUGCUUCUGCAAAGACUGCAAUUCACUGAAAGAAUCACUGUUUGAAAUGCCACAAAGCUAAUCUGUGUGUGAGUGAGAGAACGUGUGUGUGUGUGUGUGUGUGUGUGUGUGUGUUUGUGAUUCAGAUGUUCAUUUCAAAAGUGCUUCCUAUUUUUCUAGGUCAAAUGGGUCCUAGUUGUAAUUGAAGAUUAAGGUAGCAGUAUCAACCAACUGUAAACAAACCACCCAUCUUGUCUCAUCUUAAAGUGAGCCACCACGUUUGUAUAAAGACAUUGUACAACAGUAUAAUCACAUGACACGCAUGCGGACACCAGGUAACUGAAACUUUUGUUUUUUUUAAACGGGUUUUGAAUCCGUUCUCAAGUUGCAUUCACACUCUUCAGUGUUACAAAAUACUGACAUUUGGUACAAUACUGGUAGUUGUACUGUAUUUUUACGUCAUUUUUAGACGAGAGGUUUAUUGACAGUAUUGAGACAAAAGGACUGAAAUGGGACGGUUUUCUCCUCACUGUGUGUGCACUAUCUCUGCCUCCAAAUGAAGCAAAUAUUUAAUGGUCAAACAAAAAAAGACCCAAUUUAUAAUAUUUUGUAUCCAUCUUUAAUUUAUUAAUUAGGAGAACAAUGACUCUUUAUGGACAUUGUGAUUAUAAUGAUGCACUUACAACAAGGCCCUUAUACUGUGUUUAUUUUUUAUUUAUGUUGAUUCUUGACAGGCACCUUUUUUGUCUUUUUCUGUUUCAGUGAUCAGCCUUAAUUUCUAAUAUGAUAGUCGAGCACAACAGCAGUCUCAGGGGAAAAGAAGUGUGUGUGUGUGUGUGUGACUGAGAGUGUGACUGACUUUGUGUGACUGUAUGUGGCUUUGUCUCUCUCACUGUAUAUAAAACCCCGGUCACCAGGAUGGGCCAUGAUGGUAAAACAGGGGAUUAGUAUCUUUGGAAUGAUGCUCCUAUUGAACAUCUCCGCCCUCAUUACUUCAAUGUAACAAGGUGUUUCUGUCAGCUGCUUGAAUGUGCAGACAAUCCAGAACCAGUUUACCAUCAAAUACUUGUUUUAAUAACAGAAUAUCGGGACAACGGCGUGUAGUUUGAUUAUUUGUAUUGAUCUGACAACGUUUUGUGCCAUUGGACAACUAUAGCUAUGGAUAUAUUCCUGCUAUUUGUGCCAGUUAAACGUAGUAUUUCCUUUAGUUGGUCAAUGGGAAGUUCAAAGAGGAUGCAUAAAAGUAAUAAUAGUUCAGACUUGUUGCCAUUUCAUGUAGAUGACGGUUAUUUCAGUAUUUUUUUGCUUUGGAACUUGUAUUUGAAUUGAAACGUGUGUCAAAUGAUUGACUACCUAUUUAUGUUUAUGAUAUUAACAUAUCAAUAUAAUGCUCCUGGUAUAGCAGGGAUAUAGAAACCAGAAUGUUGAAUUAUGGUUCAUUGCUAAACUCUAAAGUCACACGCAAUUCUGCAGCUUGUGAUGUAGUUAUAUUCAGAGAAAAACAUUCACAUCAUUUUGUACAUAGAUGAAUGUUUCCCUGUGUAAAAUGUAAACACAUGCACAUCAACUAACCUAAUAAGCAAGUAUACAUUUUGUAAUUAAUGUUAUUACACUGUUGAUGUUAUGGCACGUGUAUGAGCUCUUAUCAGCAUUAAAAAAAAUAUAUAUAUAUAUAUAUCAUUGCCAUCA